AUGUCUCUCGGAGAUUACGAGCAUCUGGUUUCUGUGAGUGUUGGAGCUCGUAGCAUCUGGUUGCUAUCAAAUACUGGACGCGUAUGGUUCAAUACAAUUUCGGCGCUAGUCAAUGAAAAAGUGGAUGGAACUUCAGUUGGUUGCUCUUUGAAUCCAGAAUCUAUGAAGCAGAAAGCUUUCUGGUCGCCUAUGGCAGGAAGGCUUGUAGGUCUAGCAGUCAGCCCUUUUGACCAGGUACGCAUUUGA